AUGGCAAUCGUCGAAGAUGCCGGUCGUGGUUUCCUGGGCAAUCUGACGCCUUCUGUAUUCCAACAUUACCCCUACCGCGACCGAGAGGGCUUUGAAAAUGACUUCAACCACGCAUUUCAUGCUGACGCCAAUUUUACUGAGUGGUUCCUUGUCGGCAACGUGAAUGAGAAGGUUUUUGCCUCUGCGUUCCUUGAAGCCACGGAAGAACCUUUCUCUCGUUGGUGUGCCUACGACAGAACACUAAAGCUCCUUCUCGUCAGAACCAUGAAGUCAAAGGCACACGAAGCCGCAACAAGUGUUUUCGAUAAUAUAUUCUGGGAGGAGGUGAUCAAAAUAGGGAUGCAGCGCUCGCUCGAAAACAUAGGCGCUGCUACGCAUUUUGCGAACAUUGGCGCAGAGGAGCCCGACAGGGCGUGGCAGCCAACCAGACUACCCCGGGACCGAGAAGACAAAUGGCCAACUCUAGUCCUUGAAGUUGCUUUCAGCGAGGCCCAGUCUAAGCUUCAGUCAGAUGUGCGUUAUUGGCUAAGGGCGGCAGAGGGUGACGUGAAAACAAUCAUAACUCUCCAAAUCGCUCGUAAUGAGCCCAGAAUCACCAUUGAAAGGUGGGAAAUCACUGUCAAUAACCACGGCAACCAACGGCAACAGGUUGUCAUAAGGAGAACAGCCAAUAAUAGGAUUAUCGUUCGUGGGGCUCCGUUGGUGGUCCAAUUUCAAAGGUUAUUUCUCAGACCUCCUUCUGUCCCGCGAGAAAGAGAUGUCGAAAUCGACGUUGACAAUCUCGAAUACUUGGCCACGAGAAUCUGGGCUAAGCAGCAAUUCUAA